AUUAGGUUUAAAUUUAAAGACUUUGCAAUUAAGUGUCCAAAGAUUAAACGACUUAAAACGAUGCUAAAUUUAGAACAGAAAAUCAAUAACCUUGUGGUUCUCCUUUGAACAUUAAAACAUUCAUUAAAAAUUUUGUUUUAAAAACGACCGCUCUAUUUGCCCUAAGGGCUUCUACGGAGAGAACUGCUUACUGAAAUGCCACUGCCCUAAAUAUGCAUGCCGUGCUGAUGGCACUUGCGAUGACUUGAUGUGCAUGCAAGGAUCGUUCGGAUUAUUUUGCGAGAGAGAAGACAUGAGCUGGUUGGCCGCAGAUGUGUUCCCCUGUGAGCUGUUUGAUGGCGAGGACUACACAUGUGUCAACACGCUGAACCAGAGCAUCGAGCUGAGCUUUACACAGGAUGUGCUCGUCAAGUCGUUUACACUGGAGUUCGAUGUGCUGGAGACGGUCAAAGAAGACUCCUUCCUGGUCAGUGUAUUGACCGAUCCAGCCAACGGCUCUACGACAGCACAGGCUCUGGCUGUGAAGAAAGCCAACAGUCAAAGUGUGGUGGUCAAUUUGAUCUCACCGGUCCAGUUGAGAAAGUUCACUGUGGAGAUCAAGACGGACCUGCUUUUGUGUUCUUUGUAUAUUGAUGGAGGUCAUAGGCUAAAACAGCAUGCAAGUAUCUACAUGGGAGAGAACAUAGAACAAGGCGUCAUCAGCAAGCUCAGGGACGGCAAUAGACGCAGCUCCUGUGUUGAUUUCAGUAGUGUUGGUACAUUCAGUGUCCUGACUUUUUCAUGGAAAUAUAUCUUUAAAGUAGAGAUUUAUUUGAAAGAGCACGAAAAUGAGGAGAUAGUGUUGCAAGUGUCGGGAACUGACGUGGAGGACAAAAAAUUUGAAUUCACAGUGGAGAGCAAGGGAAACAAUCCGGUGCUACUGUUUGUAAACCGUGAAGUCAGACAAACAGACAUUCAUUGGAACAACAAGAAGUUGAAUGUUUGCGAGGUUGAAAUUUUUGGAGAAACAGUGUUUGAAAACCUAGCCAUAAGCGCAGCUGUAAAUGACAUCUACAGCACCACCCUACAGACCAGGAGCUCAGUGUUUUAUGGAAUCAUCGUAGCUGUGUGUGUGGCUUUGGUACUCUAUCAGAUAUCACAGAGAUGUGAGAAAAAACCAGUAAGAAAGGGAAGUCGUGCAAAACAUAAGCCACAUACUACGGUAUGAUUGACAACAGGCCAACAAGGAUAAAUUAUUCUUUGUCAAUUUUGUUUGUUGUUUGACAGAAUAACGUUUUAACUUUUUGAUUAAAAAACUUAAUAUUUGAACAAUUUCUCUAUAGUUUUAAAUAUAAAUUACAAAAUAGAUGUUACUAGUUACAAUUAGAAAGUAUUCUUAUUUCUUUUGUUGGUAAUUGCCUGUUUUGUCUUUCAUGAUUAUGAUUCUUGUGCAACGGUAGCCUAAUCCAAGUGUGCAAAUAUUUUUGAGUCUUCACAACUCACUAGAAAUGUGGUGAAAAAUAAAGAAAAUAAUACCACUUAACAGUCAUGUAGAUUU